AACGUCAACGAAAGUGCCUGAUUAUUUGGUGAAAUUUAUUAAAAAACACUAAACCUAACUUAUUUUAUCUUAAAAUAAGAGCAAAAAUGGCAGCCAAUGGUGACCAAAAGAUUGAAGAAGCUGUGGAAGUGCGCAAUUAUUUCCUAAAACUGCUGGAGCGGGACAAGGACAUGUCAUCGGGCACAGCUGCAAUUAAAACCUUGCUGAUGAUUCUGGAAAGCAAACAAUUCGACACCAUUCACAUUCUCCAUACGACAAUGCGUGACGCUGUGGCGGCAAUGCGCAACACAGACCUCUCAAUAGCGGCUGUAGUGUCUGGCGGCGAACUCUUUUGUCGCUCCAUUACACUAAGUUUGGACGACAAAGACAUGGAGGAAUGUAGAAAAAUCAUGGUACAUCGUGGUAAAAUAUUUUUGUCGAAGCUGGAGAACUCUCGCAAUGUGAUUUCCCAACAGGCGAAGAAAUUUGUUACUGAUGGCUGUCGCGUACUAACACAUUCACGUUCUCGUGUUGUGUUAAAAGCGCUUAUAACUGCAGCAAAAAAUAAGGAGUUUCAGGUUUAUGUGGCACAAGGCGGGCCUGGCAAUUCAGGCGCUCAAAUGGUAGCCGAUUUAGAACGAGCCGGAAUUAGCAGUACGUUGAUUUUGGAUUCUGCAAUAGGCUAUGUUAUGGAAUCAAUGGACUUUGUAAUGGUAGGCGCUGAAGCGGUGGUUGAAAGCGGUGGAAUUAUAAACAGAAUCGGCUCCUUCACCAUGGGACUCUGUGCGCGCGAAAUGAAAAAGCCAUUCUAUGUUUUGGCUGAAAGUUUUAAGUUUACUCGACUCUACCCACUAAAUCAGCGCGAUUUACCCGAUGAAUAUAAGUAUUCACGCAAGCACCUGCUCGAUGUGUCUAAAGUUCAUCCACAGGUGGAUUACACCCCACCCGCCUACAUCACUUUAUUGUUCACCGAUUUGGGUAUUCUAACGCCCUCUGCUGUUAGUGAUGAAUUGAUUAAGCUCUAUAUGUAAAAUACUAGAAUAGAUUGAAGACUGCGCGAAUCAGUCACAAUAAUGCUAAUCAGACUUCUAUAAUUAUUCAUAAUAUUUUCAACAGUUCUAGAUUAAAUAUAAAUAUUUCUUUUUCACUACCACGUUA